AUGCUGGAAAUUGUAAAUGAGGAUGACGAUGAGUAUUGGAGUAUCGACUGCAUCAAAUAUGAGAUAUACAAUUUAAGUACUGAUUCCUGGAGAGAAAUUGAUGCUGUAGUGCCACGAGCUUUGCAUUCCCUUUGUUUUGAAUUGUUCUUUAAUGGAGCAUGUCACAUGUUAUCAAGAAGGGCAUAUUUUGGUCCAAUUAUUCUUUGUUUCGCAAUAAGUAGUGAGGUUUUUACAAUCAUAGACUUUCCAGAAAGUUGUUCAGAGUUAGAUGGAAAACAUUCUAGUUUGACGGUUUUAAAUGAGUGCCUUGCAAUGGUUCGUUAUCAAGAAUGGAUGAAAGAACCACGUCUUAUAGACAUUUGGGUGAUGAAAGAAUAUGGUGUGAAGGAAUCUUGGAUCAAACAAUUUAUAGUAGGGCCUAUUCUCCUCAUGUGCCCAUUAUCAUCUUGGAAGAACUAUAUGCUUCUUAUGGAAAGCGGCGAUGGGCAAUUAGUCUCUUGUGAGCUUAACACCAACACAUUUAAGAAAUUUGAAAUCUAUAGUGAUCGUAUAAAUUCGUUGCGUGUCAUAAUAUUCAAGGAGAGCUUAGUUUCAAGAAUAAACACGUGA